GAGACCCGCUGGCUGCGUCAGUAUAGGACACUAUCGUGAAGGGUCACGGUGCGUCUCUACUAGCGUGCUUUACAACUCCCUAAACUGUGAAACGGUCGGUCUGGCCGCGCAUUUCGCUUUGAUAUCAGUCUGACCAGCACGACGUUGUGUUUUUGUUUAGUGUCGACGCACUACGGCCGCAGUUUUUAUACUGGCAGGCUGGCUGGCCGUGGUCGGUAGCUCGCUAGCUGUGUCGGGUUUGUUUCUCUUAUUGAAUGUAAAGCUCCGGUCCAUUGCAUGUGCGGUAAUAACAUGUCAGCGCCGCUGCCUGCGAUAGUCCCAGCAGCCCGGAAAGCCACUGCGGCGGUGAUCUUCCUCCAUGGCCUGGGAGACACAGGGCAUGGCUGGGCUGAAGCUAUGGCUGGGAUUAGGACCCCUCAUGUGAAGUACAUUUGCCCCCAUGCACCGGUCAUGCCAGUCAGCCUCAACAUGAACAUGGCAAUGCCUUCCUGGUUUGACAUCAUCGGUUUGAGUCCAGACGCAGAGGAGGAUGAGACAGGGAUCAAAAAAGCUGCAGAAAGCAUCAAGGCUUUGAUUGAUCAGGAGGUAAAGAAUGGAAUUCCAUCUCAUCGGAUUGUACUAGGCGGCUUUUCUCAGGGUGGUGCGCUUUCUCUUUAUACAGCUUUAACUACUCAUCAGAAACUUGCAGGUGUUGUUGCUCUGAGCUGCUGGCUUCCCCUCAGGAACUCCCUGUCAAAGUCAGUGAUUGGCAGUAAUAAGGAAAUAGCAAUAUUACAGUGUCAUGGGGAAGCAGAUCCUCUGGUUCCACUGAUCUUCGGCUGUCUCACGGUGGAGAAACUCAAGACCAUGCUGAACCCCAACAGCAUCACCUUCAAAACGUAUCCCAGGAUGCCUCAUAGCGCCUGCCCUGAGGAAAUGAUGGAUAUAAAACAAUUCAUUGAGAAGCAUCUUCCUCCGAUUGACUAAUUAGGAAAGCCUGAUGGAUCAUUUGUACUGAUCGAUAAUCCCAGACUCUCUCCAGCUGCUAUUUCUUCAUCUGACUGAACACAGCAAAACACCCCCAACCCAACUUGGACUAAAUGUGAAAUAGUAUUAACUUUAAUACUAAGCCUAACUGGAACCAUCCUGGAUCAUAUCCUCAGAGUCAGCCACGAACAACGUUGCCAUAGUAACCUCUGACGGUGUGACACUAACCUCUUGCUCAGGCUAAGGUUUUGUCGUCACAGAUAUGUCACUCGUCAGAAACACAGUUUCUAAGACUACUGUAGGGCUCAUGUAACACAGUAGUCUAAACUGUAGGGCAUUAGCUAAAGUUACAAAGCCAUCUGAUAAUAGGACAGUGUUUGGUUUGGGGGAAAAGGGCUCCUAAUGUCAAGUUGAUUUAAAUAAAAGAAAUGAACAAUG